UCAAAACAACGGUUUGCGGCAUUUGUAGUGGAUAAUGGAGAUUUUUAUUAAACAAUUUAAUAAAAUUAAUAAAUAAAAAUAGAAGAAAUGAGCAUGGUUUGGGUGAAGAGAUGUUUGGAAAAGUGGUUUUAUUUAUUUAUUUAAUAAGUUUCAAUGUUUUUCGUUGUGCGGCCGAUUGGUUUGAUACACAAAAAGUAGAAAAUUUGGUUAAGCAAUGGUCUCCACUAAUAUGGCUUGCCCCCGACGAAAAAUAUAUGCCCCUCGACGUGGAACAGUUCCUAGAAAACGUAGACAUUGCAGACGAAAACGCCAAAAUCAUAUCGCAAAGUAGACAACUUUCCAGAUUUCACUCCAAGCGAUACAACUCCAAAAAAUCAUAUUUGGUGCCCAGCGUACCUUUGGAUGAUCUAAAAACCAAUUCUUCGUCGUUCUUGUAUGGUAAAAGUCCGAAGUUGAGUCCUACGGUUCCUGUUUAUGCUGUAAUCACCUAUUGCAACCAUUUUAGUAAAGGAAAUGUUGCGAAGAGUGGUUUUAAUAAAACGAAAUCACCUUUACCAUAUUUUCACGUGUCUUACUGGAUGUUUUACCCAUAUAAUGAAGGAAAAGAUGUUUGUUUCAUAGGGAAAUGGCCGACUCCUUUGAUUUUUAGCAAAUGUUUCGGGCGUUACAAGAAAAUGGGAAACCAUGUUGGCGACUGGGAGCAUAUGACAUUGUUGUUUUCCGGAAAAGAAUAUCCUGAAAAACUCUAUUUAUCGCUUCAUGAUUUAGGAGCGUAUUACACCUACGAAAAAGCCACCAAUACUUUCAAAUUUGAAUCUAGAUUAAAGAAAGAAAAGCUCGCACACCUGUCGACAACAAAAGAAUUUCCCGAAUAUGUAAGAUUACAAGGUGGCCAUCCAGUCUUAUUUGCCGCGGAAGGUUCCCACGGUCUCUGGGCAGCUCCGGGAGAACACGAAUUCGUCCGAAUCCCAAGCAUUCGGGACAAAAACGGUUACGGUACACCCUGGAAAACGUGGGCCUCCAUAAAAUUUCAUCAUUCCGGGAGAAGCGCGCCGUUGCCUUGGAUGCGCUUCAAAGGGAGAUGGGGAAGCCCCAAAAGCAAUUGCGUGCUUUCCAGAAAAUUCGGGCUCUGCGAGCUCACGGACGGACCUAGAGGAUUGCUCAGAGAUGAUCAAGAUUUUUACUGCUAGUCAAACAUGU